AUGUAUCUGUUUACUAUUAUAACUGCAGUGAUGGUGCAGAUCGCAGCAGCCAUUCCAUCUUAUACUACUAUGGGUUACACGACUGAGAAACGCGAUUUGGGCACAGGUUGUCCAUACACUCUUGAUCAAUAUGGGACUGCUGCGAUGCAGUUUCAUACCACCAUGCAGCAACAACAAACAGCCAUUCAAGCACAAGUUCAGGCCACUGCUACUGCCAUAGCAACCAAUGGCGUAGCUAUUGCUUCGGCCAAUGCUGUUGGUGGUGCAGCCGCGGCACCAGUGGUUGAUCCAUCUGUAUACUGGGCUCAGUGGCAGAACUGGAAUACCAAUCUGGCUAGUUAUGGAAAUGUUUUGUGGAAUGCUGGCUGUUUGUCUACUUACUGGGACAACGAUAGCAAUUAUUAUAAUGCAAUGAUUGCUCUGCAGCAAAAUCUCGCACUUCAGAAUCAGGCUAUUUGGAAUAAUAUAGCCGCUGCUAAUCAGCAAGCUGCAGCACAUGCCAAUGCGCUGUAUCUACAGACUGCAACCCAAAAUGCGCUGACAACAUUCAAUUCGGCAGCAUGCCAGAUUAAUACAGCGUAUGGAGCACAGUUGGGAUGGAAUAGUGUUUCGGGAACUUCAUGGAACUGUUGA